AUGGCGGGUGUGAAUGGAGAUCGUAAGGGCAAGAAAGAUGACAAUGGCAUUGGGACGGCGAUAGACUUUAUGCUUUCUAAUGCCAAACUUGUACUAGGCGUGGGGGGAGCGGCCAUGCUUGGUAUUGCUACACUUGCUGUCAAAAGAAUGUAUGAUCGCGCUGUAAGUGUUCCCACAAGCCCUACAAAAAUGGAGAAAUCAGGAAAGAGAAGCUGGGAAGAACCUGCCUGGAUGGGCUCUUCACCUCGGGUCCUGAACCAGGACAUGAAGUCUACUGUGAGCCGCUCCUUACAGUCUCUGCCUACUUCUUCACAAUCUUUUCAACCAGACUGCCUCCGAAGAGCUGUUGGUCGAGCUGCUAUGGGCGCUACUGGGUCGGCUGAGGCAGACCUGCUUCGAGCCCGGAUGCGCCUUUCACUGCAAGAGCGUCUGUGGGAAUUCUACCAAAAUUCUGUGAAUAUUCCUUCUGAGGAGCAGGCUAUGGCCAGGAGGGCAGCCCUUGACAUCUGCGCUGAGCUCAGAGUGUUCCUUCAUGCCAAGUUGCCUGACAUGCCACUAAGGGAGAUGUACCUCAGUGGCAGCCUAUAUGAUGAUCUGCAGGUUGUAACAGCAGAUCAUGCUCAGCUGAUGGUGCCUCUCGUCUUGGAGAAGAAUCUGUGGUCAUCCAUCCCUGGAGAAGACACCAUUAUGAAUGUCCCAGGUUUCUGGCUUCUCCGAAGGGAAAACUUGGAGUAUUUUCCACGAAACAGUAGUUACUGGGACCGGUGCAUGGUGGGUGGGUACCUGUCUCCCAAAUCAGUUCUGGAGGUGUUUGACAAGCUUGUGGCUGGCUCUAUCAACUGGCCUGCCAUAGGAAGUGUCCUUGAUUAUGUCAUCCGUCCAGUGGUUCCCUCUGAAACACUCACCCUGGAGGUGCAGUAUGAAACUGAUCGAAAGCUUUAUGUGGAUUUCCUUCCAUUACUGGUGAUGGAAGAUGGAACAUCACUUAUUGCCAAGCCCCACCGUCUGGCCGCAGAGCGCCAUGAGAACCUGUGGCGUCAGAGUUUCCGUGUGGCAGAGACCGCUCGGCUCAGGGCUCUGGAUCAGGAGGACGGAGGCUGUCGCUGCACCUGUUUGAAGGUAGCCAAGGCAGUGUGCAAAUUAAACCCUGCUCUUAGCCGGCUCAAUGCCAGCCAGCUGACCAAUGCCAUUUUACUGCUGAGUGAGAAGGAAGGGGACUGGACACAGGAAGCACUAGCUGAUCGCUUUCUGCAGCUGCUGCGAGCUCUAGUUGGACACUUAGAAGCCGGGAGACUGCCAUGCGCUCUCAACCCCAAAGUUAAUUUAUUCUGUGAACUCACUGAACAGGAAGUGGACGAACUGGGAUAUACACUUUAUUGUGCUCUUUCAGACCCAGAGGGGCUUUUAAGAACUGCCCUGGAAGCACCCCCCUGACAUCUAAUCUGUCAGUGUUUGCAAAAAUGGAUGCAUGAAUACAUCCUUCACAUGGACACAUGUUCUUUGUUUUAUGACCUAUUCUAAAUAAAGUGGUUGCUAUACUGAGUGCAGUUCAACCUCUGACAUAAGGCUUUAUGAUAUCCAAAUAAAUUAUUUUAUUUUGAUAUUAAAGAAAGGCUUGAUUAUUAGUUUGUAACUCUGAAGCCACUGUUAAGUUUUAGUGGCAAACAUUGUGUUUUUAAAUAGGUAAAAUAUUUCAGGGAUACUAGCAUAUGAUGCUUCAAGUUUAGACGUUACCGCAAUAACCACGUAUGACUUGUCAGUUGUGACUGUGUUUGUGCUACUGUUACAAUAAAUUCUAAUUUAAGUUCUUUAUAAAUGUUCUGAAAUGAUUAGACAACACUCAGUUUCUAGAAAAUCCAAAACAUCUAAUUUUGCCACAAAAGACAGACUUGAUUUCAAUACUUAAAGCAUGUUUUCUUAUAGCCUAAGAUUGAACAAUGCAAAUAUAGUCUGACUAAUUUAAGCCAUUCAUGUAACUGGAAGAAAAUCUGUCACUGCACCGUUUAAGGAAGUGGGUUGGCAUUUUUAUUAGAAGGCCUCAAAUUGAAUAAUGUCAUGAACAAAAAUAUUUCCAUGUGACAGAAUUAUAAUCUGAUAUUGGAACGCUCGUUUCUCUUGUGUGUUCUGAACUUUUAUUCCAUUAUGGAGACAUAAAUGCCAAAUUGCUCUUAGCAUGACCGUCUGUUGGUUUCACUUAUAUGGUGGUUUGGGGAAAACUAAAGUGUUAUUGGAAAGUCCUUUAAUUUUAAUAAAGUUGCGCAGGCCACAGUUUGACUUCUAAAGCCACUAGGUGGCGUCAUCUCUAACUUUGUUGUUAUUAAUGGAUACUUAACACAUCUGAGAUUUAGUUUUGAUUGUGCAACAAUGCUUCACUUUCACAAAUAUGAUACAAACAUGAAGCAUUUACAAAGCAUAGUUAAGGGAUGUCAUCAAUCUAAACGUGUUUACUUACUGCACAGCCUUAGGAAAAGUGGCUAAAACAAACUAUUGUCAAAGUGGAGUGUUGUUUUAUUUAAUGAACAAGAACCAAAUCUGGUUAUUCUUUAUUUAAUGUAUUUAAUGUACAUUUGUAAACCAAAGGAAACAUUUAUUUUCUAUGGGUUAUUUCUGCUUGUAUGUACUAUAAAGACUGGACAUCAUGCUGCUUGCACUGUCAGAGUGAUGGACACAGUGCCACAUUAUUUAAAUGUUCAUCAGAAGCUCUGUACUGCUCUGUGGGUCUGUGUUGCAUGCUGUUGCCUCGUACUCAUCCCUGGGGUACCAACAUUAAAUGUUGCAAACAA